CACAUAAAAACUUCCUGAUAGACAAAUAAUCAUUAUAGCUCGACGGUGUUGACGUCCCGGGUCAUUCUUACGGCAGUCUGCGUAAUGGCGCAGUAAAGUAUGCAAUAAUGAUGAAUUCCUAUUAGCAUCAAAACUGUUUUGCUAACAAGAAAUACAGAUUCAUCUUCCGGACUUUGAUAUCGUUAGGCUAUCAGUGCCAAUGCGCGUCUCUACAAGCCAGUGUAUUUGGAUCACCUUCCUCCAGAACAGAGUAAUUUUCUGGGCAUCCCUACCUGGAUAUGAACUCCCGAAAUACCCCCAGGCAACACACUUGUUUGACGGAAGGGUGCCUAAGGGUCCUCAUCGUGUCAGAAGACCGGCUCCUCAUUGGGCCAUAACUAUAGGGGAUUGCAUAUCAGAUUUACCUAGCUUCGAAUGGAUAAAUCUCAUGUGAUCAAUCCCGAAACGGCUGCACAAAAGUCCAAUCGACUGAACCGUGAUAAAAAUGUUACCCAAUACUCAUGUUCAGUCUCAUCAAAGGCAUUAGACUAUGUUGGAUUUGCAAAGCAAGCAUAUCUCACCGAUCCUCUAAACGAAUACCAAAGAAAGAUGCGCAAAUCGGUUCCCAGUGAUCAUCUACAAAAUUAUACCAUCCACCAGCUCUCACAAAAAUAUACCGAGCAACUAUGCAAUAUUCCACUCCGCGCAGGGGCCAAUUACAAAAAUAUACCCAAGAAUCUCUUGACAAAAUUCUUGCAACAGGCACUAGACAACCCGCGAAAUGGUGGACAAGACGAAUUAAGGGGAAGAUAUGGAAGACAGUCCGUGAAGCAGGGGUUUAAAGUGGUGACUACCAAGCUGAAUAUUAGCAGUGUUGGCUGGGUAUGUACUGAAAAGGUUUUGCUACUAGCCGAGGAUAAUUUCAAAAACUAACAGGAGCGAUACUAGAUACUCCAUCCAUACCUACAUAGGACCUACUCUGCGAGAGAAUCCGCUAGAGCCCAAGGGUUUCCGGAUAGCUUUACUUGGGAUAUGGAUAACACGAAGAUGACGGACAUCCACAAGCAAAUUGGAAAUGCGGUGCCAAUUCCACUUGCACGAGCGCUCGGAAACGAACUAUGGAAAGUUUUGCAAGACAAAUCACGUGCACGAAGAGAGGUUAACCAUGACGGAGAAAUGGUUGACCGAGAAGAGGUUAAGUUAAGCUCAACGACGAGUUCGAAAUAAAGCUGAAUAUAGGUACGGGGCUGUUGGUGGACAGUGACAGUGAUAAUGAAAACGUGGAUGAUCAAGAAGAUGCCGAGCCAGAGGAUGAAGUGGAUCAGGAUAUGGAGAUAGAAGGAGUCAUAACCAGCACCGUAAGACAGGAAGGAACGGGGUUGAAUACAGGAUGGAGCAGGGAUAAUCCGAUUGUGCUUGAAAAUUCAGACUGAUAGUUAAACACUGCUUUUCGAUAUUGCGAGAAGUCUUUGGGGCCGAUUAAGGAUGUUUGAUGGGUCAACUUGGUCAAGUUCUAGAUACUGUGGAUUCUGAUAAUUUUU